AUGCAAUCUUUAAAAUCAAUUUCUCGUAUAUCUCAACAAAAUGUUAUGGCUAAACGUUUUGGUGGACAUGGUUUGGCUGUCCAUAGAGAUUCUAAAUUAAAUAACCCAAAAAUUCCAUUUAAGUUUACUGAUGAAAAUAUGAAACGUGUUCAAGCUAUUUUAAAUAUCUAUCCAGAAGGUCAUAAGAGCGGUGCUACUAUGCCACUUCUUGAUAUAGCUCAACGUCAAUAUGGAUGGCUUCCAAUUUCAGCAAUGAAUGAAGUAGCAAGACUACUUGGAAUACCACGUAUGCGUUGUUAUGAAGUAGCAUCUUUUUAUACAAUGUAUAACAGAGAUCCAGUGGGAAAAAAUUUUGUUCAAGUGUGUACAACAACUCCAUGUAUGUUACGUGGUGCCGAAACAAUUGUUGAUGCUUUUUCUAAAAAUCUUGGAAUUAAGGCUGGUCAUUCAACAGAAGAUGGACUUUUUACUCUUGUUGAAGUUGAAUGUCUUGGAGCUUGUGCUAAUGCUCCUAUGGUUCAAAUUAAUGAUGAUUUCUUUGAAGAUUUAACAGUUAGUGAUGUUAAGGAUAUUGUUGAUGAAAUUAAAGCUGGAAAAAGACCAUUCCCAGGUCCAAGAAGUGGAAGAUGCGCUGCUGAACCUUUAACAGGACAAACAACACUCACUAGUGAACCUACUGGACCUGGAUUUAAGAUUCAACCUGGUCUCUAA